AUGGCAGCAGCGGGAUCGAAGUUUCAGGCGUUCAUGAACCACCCCGCAGGACCGAAGACGGUCUUCUUCUGGGCACCGCUGAUGAAGUGGUGUCUCGUCGCUGCGGGGCUCAAGGACUUGUCGCGCCCGGCUGACAAGCUAUCCGUCUCGCAGAACGUCGCCUUGGCCGCAACCGGCUUCAUCUGGGUUCGCUACUCCCUCGUCAUCACGCCCGUGAACUACAGCUUGGCAGCAGUCAACUUCUUCGUAGGGUUGUCCGGUCUGACACAGUUGGUCCGCGUCGCAAAGUACGUGAUACGCAGUGUGCACUGGAACCAUGCUGACGGCUCGCAGCUACCGGCGUUCGCUUCAGAACGGCACGAAGGCAUGAACGCUGCAGUGCAUCGCGUACUUCCUUGUCUCGUCAUUCCAUAUCCUGCCCAAUUCCCUGUCGUAGACCUUCCCAUUGCACAAUGCCAUGCUGUAAGAAUACAUAUGAGGAGCGUCCAGUGCUUAACUAUCGUAUCGGGGACGUCAAAUCAUCGUGAGCCGGCACCGCGUCGUCGUUCCUCCCUCCGUCUUCUCCGCUCCUGCCUCUCCUCGUCCGUCUCCUCGCCAGAGAAGGAGCCCAUGGCUCUGGAUGCAAGCCCGAAUAUGCCGCCAUUCUCUUGCAAGUAA